UUUAUCUGAAACACUCUGAAGAAGAAGCUACUGAAACCCUAGGCGACCCAGAAAGCGAAAGAGAAAGCCAUGGAAGAGGAAAUCAAAGAAAUAUUCAAGGAAAACGGCUUCACUCUCGCUGAUGAUGAAGAAGAAGAAAUUCUAAAAAAAUGUCUUGCUUUUUGCAUAAAUUACAAGUUUAAGCCCUCGGAUAUUGUUUCGAGCUGGGAGGCGUACUAUCUCAACAGGCAACUCAAUGAACCGAUUGUUCAGAAUGCUGAAAUGGAUGGGUUUUUGUUGCAUCUGCAAAAUGAGCAGAAAGAGUCAAUUAUCAAGGAGGAACCUGGUUUGCAUAUCUACUCGAGUAAAGAUCUGGACAUGAUUUUGAAUGACGAAGAUGGAGAUGAAAAAGAAGUUAUACUUGGCACUCCAACCCGCAAUUCUCAAGACCCCUACUCAGAGACAUUUGAUUCUACUCCUCAAACAAAUGGGAGAACUUUUUCUGUGGGGAAACGAUCAAAACUAAUCACACCCUUUGGACAACGAACCCAGAAGUUUGUAGUGAAAUUUAGCAUCAAUAACGUACCCAGUACAGUGAAUGAACCAAAGGAACAUGAACACGAGAACUCUGAUGAUGAUGUUAUCAGGAAGGUUCAACCUGGCAAGAAGUGCUCUCUGACAGUCCAUGGUUCAAAACCAGAAACAGGUUGUAGGUUCAUGUAUGAUAGGAUUGAAGAUAGGUUUAAUGCACUUGAAAGCAGAAUUAAAAAACAUGUGACUGCAUUUUCUUCUUCCAAGUUGUAUCAAGAACCAGUGGAUCCUACAGUUUCUUCCCAGAAAAGCAUAUUUAGUGUUGGCAUGAUAUGUUGUGAUGGGGAAGGACGUUUGAACGAGAAGUCUGCCCUACUGCAGAGCAGUGUUGAGCAUUCUGGAGGGCAACGUGUUCGUCUAGAGUUACAAAACACGAACCAAUUUUCAAUCUUUCCAGGCCAGAUUGUUGGUAUUGAAGGGCAUAAUCCUAGUGGGCACUGCUUGAUUGCUUCAAAAGUUGUAGACUCUAUCCCUUUAUUUAAUAUGGCUGAUUUGAAUAUGAAUCCAACAAAGAAGCAAGCUUUGGAUAAGGAGAUUCAGUCAAAUGAUUUGUCCUCUAAACAAGAAGAGCUGUCAGUGAUUAUUGCUUCGGGUCCUUUCACAACAACUGACAAUUUAUUGUUUGAGCCUCUGGUUGAAUUGCUAGCAUAUGCAAAGAGAAAGCUGCCUCAGUUGCUCAUUUUGCUGGGACCCUUUGUUGAUUCUGAGCACCCAGAGAUUGAGAAAGGAACCACCAACAUGAGCUAUAAUGAAAUUUUUCAUUUCGAAAUUCUCAGAAGGUUGCAAGAUUACCUAGAAUACAUGGGUUCUCAUUCACGUGUGAUUCUCAUUCCAUCUAUACGGGAUGCUAAUCAUGACUUUGUUUUUCCACAGCCUGCUUUUGAUAUUCACCCACUGGAUCUUAAACAUCAGGUAGCCGGCCUCACAAAUCCAGGGCUUUUUGAAGCAAACCAGGUCAAGAUAGGCUGCUGCUCUGUAGAUAUUCUUAAACAUCUUAGUGGAGAGGAAAUCUCGCGAAAUCCAGCAGGUGGAGGACCUGGUGAUCGCAUGGGUAGACUAGUAAACCACAUACUUGGCCAGCGUAGCUUCUAUCCUUUAUAUCCACCAGCGGAGGGUAUUCCAUUGGAUUUUUCACUAGCUCCUGAAGCACUUGAAAUCUCUUCGAUUCCAGAUAUUCUCAUUCUACCCUCUGACAUGAAGUACUUUGCAAAGAUUCUGACCCUGGGCGAAGGGGAGGAGCAAGUGAAGAGCAUAUGCAUCAAUCCAGGAAGACUUUCCAAGGGAGAAGGUGGAGGUACUUUUGUAGAGCUUACUUACUAUGGUAAUCCUGAAACAACAUAUGCAUCUAUAAUAGGCAUAUAAAAUAUGGGACUUUCUAAUUGUGCUCCAAGGCAUCUCUUUCGCCACAAUUCACCAAGAGACUUAGAACUCAAAGUCUCCAUGAGCUGCAAAGUCUCCUUGGGAUGCACUGUGUUUGAAUAGCACCAUUCACUGCUGACGUGGCUCUGAUUUGUUUGUCUGCAUCGAGAGAGAUUUAUCUUCUGUGGUUGUUUGUAUAGUUUAUAAGAAUGCUUGUAGAAGUAGAAAUGUUUUGUAGUUGGUCUUUUUU